UUUCAUUCUGAACAUUGCCGUUGUUUUGACAACUAAAUGCAAUGUUUUGCUAUCUCGCCAAAAAUUUUGACGUUUGUUCAUCAUUGUUCCAGCACAUAGCAUUGUCCAUUUCAUUUGUGUAUUUUAUAAAUGCGUUGGUCAACAAGUGCAGUUCUCUCUUUCUGUCGGUAAAUCGUUUCAAGCAGACGCAUCGCGGUGGACAUAAUUAUUGUGCAAAAAAAAUAAUUUAUAUUUUCAAUUUCCUUAUAUCAACAAGUCUGCAAUUUAAGUGAAGUGGUUGAUUGAUGCGGCGGCAGAAUUCUGUGCACGCAGCAAAAGAGUGAGCGCGAGAGACAGUUUGAAUGCGUAAACAUUGACGACACUUGAAGCCACAGAGAAAGAAAAAACACAAAAGACAACUGUGUUUUACUAUUUCGAAAAGAUCAAGGCUGAGUGAGAAGGUGCAGGGGAAAACACGGCGCAUCGAAACCAAGCGAGAAGAAAGAAAAAAAGAGAGAAGAAGUAGAAGCGAUAUGUCAGUGACCGCAAAUAUAAGUGACAAAAUACCCAUGAAACUUAGCCAAAAUGUGGAAUCGCAGGCAGCAUUUUGCUUGCGUUGGAAUAAUUUCCAAUCGAAUAUGUUGGAUGUGUUUGAGCGGCUAUUUCUUGACGAAUGCUUUGUGGAUGUGACACUUGCGUGUGAGGGUCAAUUAAUCAAGGCACAUAAAAUGGUGUUGUCGGCAAGUAGUUCAUAUUUUCAAGAAAUUUUCACAACAACACCCUGUACACAUCCAGUCAUCAUCAUGAAAGACGUUCCGCUAAAGGAUUUACGCAAAAUUCUCGAGUUUAUGUACAAGGGUGAAAUAAAUGUAAGCAAACCGGAGAUUACAUCGUUGUUGCUUGUCGCUGAGGCGCUUCAUGUACGAGGACUAGCACAAAUUGACACAAGCAACGAAGAACCACAGCCAUCCACCUCAAAUGCGGACGUUUUAGCGGACAUGCAAAAAUCCAACAAAGUGAAUCGGCUAUUAAAACGCGAAUCAUCCGUUGAGUCAUUGGUUUUGAUCGAAGACGAAUCAUUACUGCAGCCAGCCAAACAAGCCAAAAUGACCGCCAAUGACACAAGCCAAAAAUCAGAAUCGCCACAAAACACACCAACCGAUGAACUAGCCUAUAAUUCGAUGCGCGAAGCCGAAGAUGAUUUCCUUGAAAGUGCGGCCGAAUACGAUGCGGAUGAUUUCGAUCCAAUCGCCGUCGAUUCCAUUCAAAUCAAACAAGAAGAAGAUAUCAUUAGCAAUUACUCAACUGAUAACGGGAACCUUCAAGGUUUCCAUUGGAUGGAUCCAAAUGUUCACUCACUCACAUCGGAGAUACUAGAUAUUGAUGGAGUCAAACCGAAAACAGGCAAAAAAAGUGAAACGUCUUCAAAAUUGAAAGCACCUUCAUGGACGGCCGAUCAAUUACGGGAAGCGAUCGAUUCGGUGGUGAGGCAAAAAAUGCGUUUCACACAAGCAAGCACCAAAUACAAUAUACCGAAAGGAACGCUAUACGAUAAUAUUCUUGGUAAAUCGAAUCGAAUGGAAGUAUUGGCCAAAUCCGGUUUGAAUGCACACGAUGAAAAUGCGAUACUGGAAUAUUGUUGUGAUCUCUCGGCGUCACCGUACAAUCGGCGCACACGAAAACCGCUAUCAGAAAUUUUGCAGUUCGUCUAUCGGUUGGAGAACUGUAAUCAUCAAGUGUUUGACGAGAAUGGGAGAUUCGCCUAUCGAUGGUGGUGGGCAUUUUGUAAAAAGUAUUCAAUCGUCUCACUACAUUACGAUAACAAUGCAAAUAUCAAAAUGACCGAACGAAAUUGAUUUUCUAGCCGCCCAUUCGAUUCACUUCUUACAUCCUGACGAGAAGAAAAAGAACGAAUAUAAAAAACACAUACAUUCCAUUUCAAUGUUAACAUAUCUUAUGAUUACUUUAUAAGUUUGUCGUGCCUUUUGUUUUAUGACAUUUUUGCUUCAUUUAUUUUCCGUUUUGUUUUCUGUUUUGUCGUCGGGUGAACAUACAUAAAAAAAAAGAACACAAAAACACACAGAAUGAUUGAUCGAUUGUAUUUUAUAGUUUAUGUCUAGUGAAAGUACUAGUAGAUCUUGAGUCAAAGACGUUAAAAAGUAAGACGUUGUAAAGACAAUAUGUUUCAUGGCAAGCAUGAAUUCAAUAAAAUCGAAUACAACAAUUGAAAUAAA